AUAUUACAGACCGCUUCUCCAAACCAGAUGCUUAGGAACCUAAACCAAAGGCUAAACUUAGAGUAAAGACAAAGAAGAAGAGAAAGAACCUACAGCUUUUACAUGAAGGGUGAAAAGAAAGAAAGAGGCAUAUCUGAGAUAGUUAUAAUGCUAUGAGACUUAAGGAUACUAUAAUGGCCCUGCAAAAUGGAAUGGGACGUUGAUUUUUACAAACAUUUUGCAUGGCUUAAGAAGGUCAAUGUGCAAGGCUCAGGCAAUGGUGAGAGCUACCAGGAGCGACUGUCUCGUCUAGAAGGAGAUAAAGAGUCUCUUGUGUUACAGGUGAGUGUGUUGACAGAUCAAGUGGAGGCUCAGGGAGAGAAGAUCAGAGACCUGGAGAAUUCUCUUGGGGAAUAUCAGCACAAGCUCAACUCCACUGAGGAGAUGCUUCAACAGGAGCUUCUGAACAGGAGUUCUCUAGAAUCACAGAAGCUGGGGUUGAUGGAGGAAGUGUCCUGUCUAAAAGUAAAGCUGGGGACGAUGGAAGAGAAACACAUCAAGAGUGCCGAGAGACAACAUAAAGCUGAGAGUGUAGUGAAUCUGAUUAGCGAGCUUCAGGAGCAGAUGUGUAGGAUUCGGCAGGAGAUCUCUAGUAAGAUCCAAGAGAAACCAGCCGAGAUGGUCCCAGGGGAAAGUUGUGGCAGUGAGCCAGCACAUGCCUCUCUGACUGAGUCAAAGCCAGCGGUGGGUCUGAGACCUGGACACAUUUAAACACUGUAGAACUGUAGAAUAAAAAUUGCAGGCAACACUUUGAUCUGACAGGUUUA